CUGUUGUACCUGUUUGUGUUUUGAAAUGGAAAAAAGACCCCUAUUUUGGACAUUAACGAAAACAAUAUGCUUUUGCCUUUUUUAAUAAAUCCGAAUUAAAACAAAAAAAAAAGGCCAGUUUUCUGCUUCCUCAUCAACAAGCUAUUUCCCUUUCCUUUCCUUCUUCUACAAUCUGCUCAACUUUUCGUUUUCUAUCGUUUUAUAUGACAAACACCAAUACCAGCCAUAAUCAAAAAAGGAAGAAAUACAGAAACCUAUUUUCCAACUGGUUUUCAAAGUCAAAAAGCAUCUUUGGAGUUCCAUUAUGUGACGCUUCGAAACUAGGUACCAAAUUAUGGGAAUUGAAAGUACCCAGCCCUGUUGCUAUUUGUUUCGAAGAGAUAACAAAAAGAGGCUUAACUACGGAAGGUAUAUUUCGGUUAUCUGGAUCAGCUUCAGAAGUAAAUCUGCUCAAAGAAAAAUUAGAUACUGCACAUGAACAGCAGGAUAUAAACUUCGACGCUUCACAAUUUGAUAUCCAUACUCUCGCUAGUCUCGUUAAAAAGUAUUUACGUGAACUGCCUGAACCAGUUAUACCUGUCACUUUCCACGAUCAAUUUCAAUACCUCGUAUCAUUAUCCUCCGCUUCUUCCAUACUUGUAGACGAACAAAAAUAUCGUACCGCUAUCAAUGUAAAAGAUUUAGUCAGUAUAAUCUUACAGCUACCAUAUUAUCAUCGACAGUUACUGCAUGCGAUCUUACUCAUGACAGCUCAGGUACAACAUCAUGUCAAAGCCAACAAGAUGUGUCCCGAGGCUUUGGCUACGGUAUUAGCACCUGUUUGUACCGGCUUUGAGCAAUCACUCCUGGAUCAUACAGCUACCACAUUCCGUAAACGAAGGAAGAGAGGCAGUUCUAAUAACAAAAAGAUCAAUAUACUCGAGCAAUCUUCUGCAUUGAUCGCUCAGCAAACUAUCAAGAAUAAACAAUGGACUUUGAUAUGGAAAGCAAUGAUUGAACAGCAUGAAAGCCUGAUAGCUAUUUUGGAUAAGCAUAUGUAUCAACAAGAACAUCAACCUUACCAAUUCUCUUACAACUCUCUACCUUCAUUUCCGUCCCCUUUUUCAACCGGCAAUAGUCAUAUGUUACCAACCCCAAAUCAAAUAUUAAUGGCCCAAUUUUACCCAAUUUCCAAUGAAGAAGAUAAUAUAAAGAUUGCAAAGCAAACAGCUUCUCAUAAUGCUUUAACGUUACCUACUACUGCUGAUGAUUAUAUCCGUGGCGAUAGUGACAAUAACGACAGUAAUGGCCAUAUGGAAGCGGAUAAAGCGUCAGAGAAAUCGUCUACAUCAGCUGCAUCAUUCUUUUUUCAAAAGUCGAGUACGUUAAGACGGAUUUUAUCGGCAAGUACACUUAGUCGGUAAUUGGACCCUUGCCUUCUGAGGCAAUAAACCAAAAAAAAAAAAGAAAAAAAAAAAAGAAUCAAGACAAAGGAUUCUACUCCUUCUGUAUACAUCCAAUGGUCACUUUUCUUUAUCCAUCUGUAUGCCUCUCUUUUUCGCUCUCAUUCCAUUUCCUUUCUUCAUAAUGGUUCUGUACUUUACGUGAGAUUGUAUAUUGUAUAAAUAACAUUUACUAAUUUAUGUCCUUCAUCAUAUGAUUAUCAGUUUCUAUUUUUCUUUUUUUUUUAUAUGCAUCUUCAAAUAAAAGAUUAUUAUUGUUAAUUUAUCAUGC